AUGCUGCACGGUUUUGAUCUGCUGCGGCAGCAGUAUGCGAAAUAUACCAACAAUCCAGGCGCGCCUUCUACACCACAAGGCACCGUGCGCGUGCUGGCAGAGAAACUGUCCGACCCUGCGCUCACACGUGAAGAUCGGCGCGCGGCGAUUUUAUCGCUCAAAGCGCUUUCGCGCGACCAUGCCGCGCUUGUCGGCGCCGAGGCCUUGGCGCCUUUGCUUGAGUGGAUCACAAAGCGAGAGAAUGACGAAGAGAUGCUGCGUCCAGCGGUAGAGGCGUGCUUGGCGCUGUGCCAGAUCCCGCGCGCAGAGCACGCGGCGAUGGAGCAAAACGACAAGCAGCAGGCGCUUGCCAACAUGCGCCGCACCUUGGACGUGCCAGACGGCCUGUUUGCGAUUGUCACCCUGGUCCUCCCGCAGCACUCGUUCUAUACACGCUUCGCGUCCCUCCAGCUCAUCGGCACCCUGCUCGAGCACUACAAAACAGAGACGCAAGCGCGCAUUGUACGUGCGCCUGGCGGAAGUGCCGCGAUUCUCCAGUGCCUUGAAGCGGCGCCAACAUCGAGCACGGAGAUUAUACGCAACGAGACUCUGCUCUUGAUGCCGUCCCUUGUCGCAGGAAGCCCUGAUUUGCAGAAAAUCACGGCGUUUGAAGGCGCGUUUGAGCGGCUACUGGACAUCAUCGCACAAGAGGGGCGCAUCGAAGGCGGCGUCGUCGUACAGGACGCGCUCGAGGCACUGCAUGCGCUGCUUAUCGACAAUAUCUCGAACCAGAAUUAUUUCCGCGAGACGCUGAGCAUCCCCAUGCUUGCGCCGCUGCUAUUUUACCCCCCGCCCCUGCCGCCAGACGCGCCGGAAGCUGCAACACAAGAAUUUCGGUCCCAGCGCGAUGCGUUCCUCUUGCAGGAAUGGGACGAGCAAAAGUCCCUCAACGCUCUGCUGCUCCUGCGGUGUGUACGUCUCCUCGUCGACGGCCACGCAGGCGGCCAUCGCGAGAACCAAAUUGCACUCCGGAAUGCAGGCCUGACAGAAUGUUUGGUCCAGCUCGCGUUUGCGAGCCUCGGUCCGCCGCUGCUCAAAGCGCACACGCUCUCGCUCCUCGCUGCCAUUCUGCGCUCCUCGCGCCAGAACCAGGAUUUGGUGAGCACACUCGUCGUAACGCCCGUCGCAUUGACGCGCCGCACAGAGCCCGGCGCGGAGCCAGCGUUCGAGCUCUCCUGGCAAGCGCCGCAGCCGGCAAUGCUUUGCCUCAUUGCGCUGGCGCUGCGCGGCCCUGGCGCGACAGAAUCGCAGGCCAUGGCCAUGGCUGUACGCACCGCGGCGCUGGGCAUGUUUGAAGCGCUCGUCGCGGAGAAUAUCGAAGUGCGCAUGACGCUUUUGCACGCAUUGGUCGCUGCGCCUCUGCCCGAACAGAGCCAUGGGAACUCUUCCCAAAUGCUCCUGGAAUCCAUUGUCCACUUGCCCAGCUCGCUUGUGCCGAGCGGAGCGGGACGCUUCGAUUCCUACCAAUACCUCUUUGCCGCAAUCCUCUUUAGCAAUCUCUUGCACAGCAGCGAGACGACCAAGGCAUUUGCGCGCAGCAUAUAUAUGGACGCUACUGGGCGCUGCGUCGCCGGCACUGCGCCGCCCACCGACGAGGAUGCGCCUGCAAAGCUCAUCGAUCUCAUCGUCGGCAACCUUGCCAUGGCGAGCCGCGAGCUCGGUGAAGCGGUGCGCCGCGAGCGCACCGCUGCUGCCGAUGCAGCGGCGAAGAACACGUCGGAAGACUGGACGCGCGUUAUUCUUGCUUACCUCGUCCUCCUCUGCGACUGGCUUUGGGAAAGCCCCGCGAGCGUCGCUGAGUUUGUCAGCGAGAGUGCCAAUUUGCAAGUUAUUUUGCAGCCCGUCCAGCAGGCUGCAGGUGUGGACGGCGCGGUGCAGGCGCUUUCUGCAUUUGUGCUCGGCGAGGCGUACGAAUUCAACACGCUCGACAGCGACCAGGAAGGCGUGCUCACACGCAAAGCCAUGCACCCCAUUUUGCACUCGCGCGUCGGGCCGGAUGCAUUCACCGCGCGGCUCCGUGGCCUGAAGCGCGACGCGCGCUUUGCCGACGUGGGCCCCGACCUCCUCGAGCGCUUCAUUCUCGACGCAGAGCACCACAGCGCGCCUCCGCCCUUUUGGUUCACGUGGCCGUUUGUCGAGUUCUGGAAAGAUAAUUACGUGCGUGUCCAAAAAGCGAUCCUCGUCGAUCCAGCGGCCACGUCUGCGUCCGAGGCAGCGAGCUCGACGGAGCUGCGCGAUGCGCGACAGCAAAUCGCCGCUCUCCACGCAGACCUGCAGCGAGCCACGCAGGAGGCAUCGCUCCUGCCAAGUCUGCGCGCGGAGCUCGAAGCGGCGCAGGCACAAGUCGCGCAACUCUCUGUGCUCGAAGAGCAGCUGCACGCGCUCCAAAAUGUCCAGCGCGAGACGCAGCGUGCGCUCGACGAGGCGCAGCAGCGCUUGGAAGCGUCGGGCCCCAGCCAAACGCACGAUGCCUUGGCACGGGAGCUCGAAGCGGCCUCUGCACAAGCGGCGCGCACGUCCAAGGAACACGACGCCAUGCUCCAAGCAGCGCUCUCGCGUGCCGCCGACGCCGAGCGCCUCGCCGCGACGCGUGCCGCUGCACUGGACGCGGCGCACACGAGCGUGCCGUCAGAUGCACAGCUGCAGCAAGAGAACGAGGAUUUGCUUGUUUUGCUUGACGACUUGUCGCUCAAGCGCAAGCGCGACAAGGACCGUAUGCGCGCACACGGCUGGGAGGUGAGUGAGGACGAAGACGAGGAAGAGUAG